AUAACAUGGCGACGUAAACAUGCAAAACUUGGUUGACAGACAAACAGACGACAUGCAAGCCUUGGGAAAGUCUAAAGAAAGAGAACUUUGAUGAAAAGAUAUACACUGCCUGUACUUUACUUAUCUUGAUCUUGUGAGAGGUGCUCGUACCCGUUAGUCUGCCGUGUUCAAUAUACUGCGUCGCUUAAAGAGUCUGCUUCACCUCUUUAACCUAGAUCAAAUCACCCCCUUGCUCCUCUAAGAGCACUGAGGAUGCCUCAUCGUUGCUCUGUUCCUGGCUGUAAUAGUACACACAGACAGGGCUUGAGCCUUCUGUGCUAUCCUAAAGACCCAGAGAGAAGAUCUGCAUGGCUUCGUAGUUUGAGAAAUAAUGGAAUGGAGCCAACAAAUAAUCAAUUUGUUUGUGAGCUUCACUUUGGUCCAGACCAAUGGGAAAAAGUUCGGGUUGAUGGUUCGAGGAAGCUGAAGUGGUCAGGAAUACCCAACGUUCUAGACCCAGAAGGAAUUAAUGAAGCUCUGGACAGAGUAAGAGCUACACCAGGAAGAUUUGUGCGGGGCCGAAAUCGUCCAGUAAUUAAAACCCAGUCCUCUUUGUUGCCCCCAAACCCCACUGACCCUGAUUUUUCGCCCAAACUUAUUAAACUGGACUUCCCUUUAGUAAAGGGAAGUCAAGCUUCUGAACCCUCGUCAAUAGACUUACAGCCUCCAUCAGCACAUUCGGAUUCUUCAUCUGAAGAAAAAGCUGGAAGUCCAGAUAUUAGCUGUGAUGAAAGAGAUCCUCUAGCUCCAGACUUGAAAGCAAAUAAGGUCGUCACUUUGUUUUCCCACCCACCUCGAAAUCUCAAUGACCCUGGUAUGCACUCUGUGGUCAUUGACUCUGUUAAUCCUCUAAAUCGGUUCAGUUCCUGUAGUGGUUCAUUGCAAUCAACUCCUUCCAUGCCUUUUGAGGAUCCAAAUAGUUCUGCAAAAUCUGAGCGACAGUCAACACUUCAAUGUACCUUACCUCUUUCUGGUAAGGGCCACACAAUAGUCGUGUCAAUGCCAAAAUCUCGUUUUCAAACCAGGCUCUCAGAAGAUGUUGAAGAUGUACAAAGUUUUCUUACUGGAAAUGAACGGACUUAUGAAGAAAGGCUUGUGGCUGCUUUAUCAGAAUUAGUGAAGAAGCACCAGCUGUUGGAUAAGAAGAUACAAGAGGUUGAGUCUCUAUCCAAAGAACAUCUUUCUUUGAAGAAACAAUUAGAAGUUCAUGAGACAGUCUUGUUAGAGAAUUACAAUUUAAAAGUGCAGCUGCAGAAUUAUGAGAAAAAGACAAUUGUAGAAAAUGUAGAAUCUAGAAAUGCGCUUUUGAAAACAAAAAUAGAUGGUGAAGGUUGGACAUUCGAUUCUAACAAAAAUGAGGAGACCAUAUACUUACAAUCUGAAAAGAAUUUAAACUCCUUGAAGAGGGUAGUUGUUGUUACACCUAAAAUUUUUAGGGAUGGAAAUUUGAAUUCGUUUGCGUCGCUGGAUGAUCAGUUGUAACUUUUCUACUUCUCAGUGUUUAAUACUUAUGCUUUUCUUAUUAGUUUUCUUCAACAGUAUAAAACCAACUAAUUUCUCAUUGAGAAUAAUGUUUGUUUUUGUUUUACCUGUUUUAGCUGUUCAAUAUAGUUUUGAAAAAUCAUAGGUUGUGAAUUUUCAUGAACUUUUUUCUUCUACAUUUUUAUUGUCUAUUUCAAAUUUCUGAUAAUCUUAUGAUUGACCUAUUUUUAGUUGUUAUCUUGUACUAGCUAUGUUAAAAUAAAUGAAUGUUCUAUACUA